AUGAGUGCAAUGGUACAGGCAAGAACUGCACAAGUUGCAAACGGGACGGCACGACAAAGUGUCAUGUCUGCGAGGGAACAGGCGCAAUUCACACGAACUGAAUCCGCACACUUCCGAAUCCAGGCAACCAUGCAUGUUACAGAUGGAACAUGCAACCUGGGGGAACGUGAGCGACUCACACAGGGGUUCCUAGGGUCGCUUUGCUUUAUCAAAAGUCAUAACAAGGCUUAUCGGUGCGCAGGCGCAUCGCAGGUGCACAGCCGUCGUUAG